AUGCGACGGCGGGAUGGACUGCAACAGCAUGGACGAGUCUUCAAACGUCCAGUCCGAGUCCGUUCUCCUCAAAUGUCCAAGUAUAACCUGCACAGCCGGAUCGCGACUACUUUCCAUGGUGCCACGAGCAAGAAGGUCUGGAAAACUCUGCGUUAUCGCGAAAUAAGUCAGUCUCCAGCCACUCAAUCGAAGCGACAGCCCCCAUCUGUGGUGUGUGCUCUGGUGUCCAGCCCAAAGCCUCUGCCAGAUUUCGCUCAAUGUAGAGCGUUUCUCCGGAUAGGGCCACUUUAUGCAGACAUCAAGUGGACCAUCAAAGCCCAUACCUCGCCGCGACCUUGUCCACGGUGA